AUGUUCAAUUUCUUACUCAGAAAAGACGUUCGAAAGAUUCUCAAGCGCAAAGAUAGCGAUGCAGGGGAAAGAGGAAGAGCACUGGAAGACUUAAGAGGUUCACUGUUUAAUGAAUUUCGUUCCCCUGAAGGUGCAAAACGACAACAACAUCGUACAUGUGGUCCAGCCGCAGCACUUGCCUUCAAUUUUGUAGUUGCAAUUAGUAUUAUCUUCAUGAACAAAAUGGUUCUUCAAACUGUUAAAUUCAAAUUCCCUAUUCUUCUCUCACUAAUUCACUAUGUAGUGAGCUGGCUCUUAAUGGCUAUACUAAAUGCGUUUUCUUUGCUUCCUGCAUCUCCUUCCUCAAAAUCAACUAAUCUGUCUGCUUUAUUUACUCUUGGAUUUGUUAUGUCUCUGUCUACUGGCCUUGCUAAUGUUAGCUUGAAGUAUAAUAGUAUUGGUUUCUAUCAGAUGGCAAAGAUUGCAGUAACACCUUCAAUAGUUAUGGCAGAAUUUGUAUUGUAUAGGAAGAGAGUUUCUUGGCCUAAGACUUUAGCAUUAACGGUGGUAUCUAUUGGUGUUGCUGUGGCUACAGUGACAGAUCUGCAGUUCCAUUUCUUUGGCGCCUGUGUUGCGUUAGCGUGGAUUGUACCUAGUGCUGUAAACAAAAUCCUCUGGUCCAGAUUGCAGCAGCAAGAAAACUGGACUGCUUUGGCGUUGAUGUGGAAAACAACACCUAUUACUUUAAUUUUUCUGGCUGCUAUGUUACCCUGCUUAGACCCUCCUGGUGUGCUUUCCUUUGAUUGGAACUUCAGUAACACAUUGGUGAUACUCACAUCAGCCAUUCUUGGAUUUUUGCUUCAGUUGUCCGGGGCUUUAGCACUAGGAGCUACAUCUGCGGUCUCGCAUGUUGUUCUUGGGCAAUUUAAGACAUGCAUUAUCCUCCUGGGAAACUAUUAUCUCUUUGGAUCCAAUCCAGGCAUAAUCAGUAUCUGCGGGGCAUUUACAGCUAUUGUUGGUAUGUCUGUAUACACUUGCCUUAAUCUGAAGCAGCAAACAGCCAAGAUAUUUCCUCAUCAGACCACCCUUUUACCAAAAUCUAAACUAAACAAAGAAAAUGGCAAUUCCCAUAAUGGACAUUACAGUGCAGAAAAUGUCUAA